GGGCGACAGAGGGAAAAAACAGCUGGAUCCCGCAGCGCAGUUUGUCGAAGCAGCCCCCCUCCCCGAAAGUCUGCCGCCGCUCCUCGCAUUCCUCAAGGUGGUGGUUUGGCUGAUGAUGUUGUGUGAAGAUGGAGGCUCCUGAAUAUCUCGACCUGGAUGAGAUUGACUUCUCCGAUGACUCCGUGUAUUCUGUCACGUCUCUGAAGAGUAUCCCAGAGCUGUCCAGGAGGAGUGAUGGCCAGGGAGAGGAGAGACCAGCUCCUGCCAUCAACUGGAGCCGUGGCGUCUCUUCCCACAGUGGGGGAGGCGUCAAACCCACGGGCCUCCCAGAAGUCCACGGCAAGUUCCGCCCGGUGAAGAGGGUCUCCCCUCUCAAACACCAGCCAGAAACCACUGACACGGACUCUGAUGCCAAGGCCCAGGGCCCGGGGCAGGAACCAGGAGAGCAGGGGGAGGGCAGCAAGGAGGAACAGGGCCUCGACAAAGUAGCCCAGGCCUCAACCUCCUCCGACGGGCAAGGAGGGAAGGUGAAGGGUGGAGGUCCCAACCCGCAGGCUUUGUUUGGGGAGCUGGAGCACUAUGACUUGGACAUGGACGAGAUCCUGGAUGUGCCUUACAUCAAAUCCAGCCAGCAGAUGUCCACCCUGCCCCGUGUGCCCCACGACAAGCGCUCCAUCACGGGGAGCAACAUGGGAGGAGGUACCCUGGACAGGAGCCGUGGAGCGGGGCUGAAGAACUCGGCUUUAGCCAGCAAUGAGCCUCUGAGCCUGGGUAGUGCUGGCUCCCAGACACAGUAUUGUGUGCUGUCACCAGUGAAGUGGUCUGACCUGAGGAAGUCCAAAUCCAUGGACCCAGAUCUUCAUCACCUCCAUCGUCCCCCCGCUGGAGGAGGAGGAGGCUACCAGCCUGACCAUCUCCCCUCUGGACUCUCUUGCUCCUCUUCCCUGUCCUCCUUCUCUGAUGCAGACAAGCUGCUGUCAGCCAGAGUCUUCCCGGAUUCCCAGAGCCAGAGGCCGGGAGUGGAUCUGCCGGGUGGCCAGGGGAUGAUGUUCCCCCUGUCAGGGAGCACUAUGGGCAGGCAGGACGGCUCCAAACCCUGGGCCCCCGCGGGAGGGAGCUCCAGGGGGUUUGGAGGAGCUGGAGGAGGAGCAAUGGAGGUGGAUGAGGAGACCAAGAAGAACCAAAACAUCAUCAACAUCAUCAGAGAGGGACAGAUCUCACUGCUGCCCCAUCUAGCAGCAGAUAACUUGGAGCUGAUCAGAGACGAGGACAGGAACAACCUGCUGCAUAUCUCGGCCUCCCAGGGCCACGCCGACUGUCUGCAGCAUCUCACCUCUUUGAUGGGAGAGGACGGCCUCAACGAACGCAACAACCAGCAGCUCACACCCGCUGGACUGGGGGUCAAGAAUGGACACCUGGAGUGUGUGAGGUGGAUGGUGAGUGAGACAGAAGCCAUAGCAGAGCUGAGCUGCACCAGAGAACAUCCCAGUCUGAUCCACUAUGCUGCUCGAUAUGGACAGGAGAAGGUCUUGCUAUGGUUGCUCCAGUUCAUGCAGGAGCAGGCCAUCUCUCUGGAUGAGGUGGAUCACCAAGGAAACACAGCUGUGCACGUAGCAGCCCAGUAUGGACACCUCUCCUGUAUACAGACUUUGGUAGAGUACGGCUCUAAUGUGACAAUUCAGAAUCAGCAAGGAGAGAGGCCUUCCCAGAGUGCCGAGCGGCAGGGCCACACAACCUGCGCCCGUUACCUGGUGGUGGUGGAAACCUGCAUGUCUUUGGCCUCACAGGUGGUCAAACUCACCAAGCAGCUCAACGAACAGGCCACAGAGAGGAUGGCUCUGCAAAACCAACUCCAGAGACUACUAGACCCCAGCAAGACAGAUGGAACGCCCUCCAGAUCACCUGGUUCCCAUCAUCCGUCGGUGGAGGCGUGGCCAGAGAUGACACUGACGGCAGAGGGGAGUCCUGCGGAUGGCCACUGGGUGGUUCGGCAGGGCGGAGUCGCUCCGGACUCUGUGCUCCUGCAGCUCCUGGGGAAGGACAUGUCCGAGCCGCUGUGUCCCAGAGACAGAGCUGCCGCUGCUCCCGGGAGCCGCAGAGUCGGACUGGUUGAGCGGAGAGAGCUCAAACUGGCCAGACUCAAGCAGAUCAUGCAGCGCUCUCUCAGCGAAUCAGAUUCAGAUGCUUAUCCACCAGAGGAGGGGAAAAACCACACCGCCCCGCCAACAAGCUCUGGCGCAGCACGACCCGAGAGGCCUACCCACCUGCCCAUCAGUGACCAGGAGCCAGUCACAAAUCAUCUCCACAUGGCGAUGAGGAAGCAUGUGCCGUCCUCUUCCUCCGGUUCCUCGGCUACAGAACGAAAGUUGACGUUUGCUCACAGUGGGUCUAAAUCGGUAGAUAGUGUGGGUUACAACCCCUCCCCCACCUCCAGUGACCCAGAAGCUUUAGACAGUAAACCAGACACUCCUGGCGACUUGCAUGACAAUGCCAACGGUCAGAAAGUCACCACCAGCCCCAAGAGUGCCCUGAAGUCCCCGUCGUCUCGCCGGAAAACCUCCCAGAACAACAAACUGAGGGUCACCUUUGAUGAGCAGGUCCACAAGAGCUCUGCCCAGGAAGUGGAGCCAGCCAAAGGGCAUCAUGGAAAGGAGAGGACUCCUACAGGCAGUUCUGAGAGUAAACGCCCAUUUGGAACAUUCCGGUCCAUCAUGGAAUCGCUGAGCGGUAACACAAACCACAACAACAACAACGGCGGCGGCGGCCAGUCAGCCACCACCGUCAAACAUUCCAGUUCCACAUCGCCCAGCGGUAAACAUCCUGCUUCUACUGGACCCUCUCCGAACUCAGCCAGUAAGAAGUCUGCAGAAGGUAAAAGCAGCUCUGGGGGAGGGUUAAAGGUCAAAAACAAGACUAGUAACGUCUGACUGACUGGACGUGGCUGCUGAUGGACAAUGGCCUCUCUCAGGCUGACCACUGAGAGGCAGUGUGGAUGAAAAGUCUCUGAAUUUAAACAUUUGAGAGAACAUCUCCAGCAGUGCAGGGAGUCAUUAGCAAGUACCCCAAAAUUCACCAGCCAUCUGCAGUAUUUUACUAGCCAACUAUUUUAUUUCGUUUUUCAGUAUAAGAGUCUUCGUAAGGUGGUUGGUUCUCAACCAAGAAUCUGAAAUUAAAGGUGCAGUGUGUUAUAUUUCUGCUUUCCUGAAGCAUGAGCAAAUAUCUGUAAAUAUAACUGCUAAACAUCACAAUAAGACAAGCAAACAUCAGCAGAGUGGCGCUGGUUGAAAGUAUGUCCACGGUAAUGGAGAAAAGUGAAAACAGUUUUCGUGGUGGAAACGGUAGAACGUUUUUAUCCACAUAAGUGUUUUCUGUACGUUUUUAAAAAGCUCGUCCACAUCGAAUGUCGAAACAUUAGAAAAACUGAAGUCCCUUCUUUUGGGCAUGUGCAGGCAACUUAAGCUGGCAACUUUACAUUUACAUCACAUGACAAUUAUAAAUCAGCGUUUUGUUCUUUUGUUUUUUUUUAAACUCUGUUUUUGUCGUCGACACCGGACAGGCGUUUUCAAAAUUAUCAGCUCUGGAGAGCGCUUGGUGGCACAGCGGUUAGCGCGGUCGCCUCACAGCAAGAAGGUCCUGGGUUCGAGCCCCGGGGUAGUCCAACCUUGGGGGUCGUCCUCUGUGUGGAGUUUGCAUGUUCUCCCUGUGUCUGCGUGGGUUUCCUCCCACAGUCCAAAGACAUGCAGGUCAGGUGAAUCAGCCAUACUAAAUUGCCCCUAGGUAUGAAUGUGUGUGUGUUAGUGGGCCCUGUGUGAUGGCCUGGCGGCCUGUCCGGGGUGUCUCCCCGCCUGCCGCCCAAUGACUGCUGGGAUAGGCUCCAGCAUCCCCGCAACCCUGAGAGCAGGAUAAGCGGUUCAGAUAAUGGAUGGAUGGAUGGAUGGAUAUACGCUGAAACAAAGUAAAUGACACUCCUCCUUCUCUGCAGAGCGCUCCCUUCACAUGGCGAGUUGUUUUGUCGUCAUUUGAAGGUGUUUAAAAACGGUAGAUGUCCACAAAAAUGUUGUGUGUCCGCCACCUUCUACUGGUGGAGGGUGUCCAUUUUGAUUGGUUAUUUUCAUUCACAUCGCUGAAGGAAAAAGGAAAUGACACGCGGCACCUUUAAGAUACUUUCCCCCCCCCAUCUUUUCUGAUGGGAGCUGUCGUACUCCCCGUGGCUGACCUUGUACUCUAGUUGUACUGGUUGCUGAGUGCCAUUCCUGCUAAAUGCAGUAGUACUGCAGUAUUGCACACAUCCGCUGACUCAAGCGAGUCUGUUUCUCAUACGGUUAAGGGAUGACUGAUGUUGUUCACAUUGGUAACUGUUAUUCGAUACCGUGAUCCCAAACCAGGUAUCCGGUCUUCUGAAGUGAUGAACUCACCAGGUGAGUGGAUGACAACACCGAGCGUGUCUGAUGUUUGACCUCUGACCUGUACAUGACACGACCUCAGAGGGCAUUUUCACAGACCAAGUAAAGGAUGUUGGUCUGGCUGUUCAUCUGACCACACACGUCAUAUCUCCAAAGCGUCACUUUUCAAAGGUCACAACAGAACGGGUCAUUUCCCCCCCUGACGUCCUCCUCUGGGGUCACUUCACAUUCGAAUCAUUUCCUGCUGGAGAGACGCUGUAAGAAGUCACUUUACAGUUCGACAAAAACACAAAAGGAAGUUGUGAGUUGUGAGGAUUCUGUCCGAAUCCUGCCACUAAGACUUUGUCUUCUACACUAAAGACGAAGUUAUCAAAUAUUAAUAUUUAUGUUAAUGCACACAAUUAUGUUUUAAAUUUGUGUUUAUAUGAUUUAAAGUCUUGUUAUAUUCAUGCACACGGUUAACGUGCACUAGCACAACAGUAUUUGAAACCACUGUAUAUAUAUCUCAGUAUUUAAUGUUUUGUUGUUAGCUUCAUAUCCCAGUGUUUUUGAGUGGUUUGGUUAUCUAUGCAGUAUUUCUGGUGGGAAGGUUUCAGGUUGGGAUGAGGCUGUGGUUCGGUGUGUGAUGAGGGUUUGACUGGGCAGCACCUUCUAGAAACUGACGACAGCCGGCCAGCAGGCUGACUAGAUGAACUGAAAGCCAAGUUUAAAGCUGCAGUCUGUGACUUUUCUCACUAUGUUCUCCAUCUGAAAGGUGGAGGUGAUGUGGUGGUGCUGGACAGACAGUCAGUCUUCCAGGUGAACAGUGUUGUGAUGUAGUGGAUGUAGGAGACAGAGAGAAACAGACCUGUUGACUCUGAUGUUCUGGGACUACAAACCAGGUGUAGCAGGACUACAAACCAGGUGUAGCAGCCAUUGUGGCUGGCGUGCCGUCAGCUCAGCAGUAAACAGUUCCCACCCUUGUAAACAUGGAUCCUGGGACCAAAGCUAACACAGACAGUCUGGUGUAUUACAAACUACAUCACACUAUAUGGGAACACUGUUGUACAGUCAUGGACACAUCAGCAUCACGUCUCAGUCUUUUCCCCAACACCUACAUGUUUUCUGCUGCACCAGUGUUCAUCCUACCCGGUCAAAACAUCUCAGCAGCGGUGUACGGACACUGGAGAGUGUCUCCAACCAUGGUGAAGAUGACCGGUAGUGUUAUGGAGCAUGACUCCACCAUACACAUGGAGAACAUAGACAUGUAUUAAUGGAGGGAAGUCACAGAUCUCCGCUUUAAGUAAAAGGAUGAUCUUCCACCCGUAGUACCAGCUUCAUUUGAAAGUUAGAAUUUGGAAACCUAGAAGAGGCUUAAACUUUUCUGGAUGUGUGUUUGCGUCAGUUGAAAUGUAGUUCAGUGAAGGUCUUUAGAGGGUUCUGGAUUGACCUGUCACAUGGUCAGUCCUCUGCAGGAGAUCUCACACAUUCCAAAAGUCAGAUGUUGGUUCAGAAGGUUGAACGGGAGCAGGAAGGUGUGUCGGAGUUGUUGCUGAAGCUGGAAAACUGAUGAACGUUCAGUCUGGGAUCUCAUGAAAGGAGGACUUGGCAGAAGCGGUUCACGCGAUGGCCUCCGUCUUAGUUAAAGCAGAUCUGUCAGCCGUCCACAUGCUCAAGCUAUUGGUUACACUCCUGUGUUGUCGUCAGACGAAGACCCUGACGUGGAAAUUAGAAAAUCAAUAGGAUGACGGGAAAAUGAAUGUACACCUCAACGUACACCCGAGAAAAACGGCCUGGCUGUCAUCUUUUAAGUCAGUCGGUCUGCUGUUUGUGUCAGUGAGGUGGGUCCUGGAUGUCUUAGCUCUCCAGCUUCUGGCUUCGGGAGCCAUUUGAUCACUGCAUAAUGGCGAGGAUAUUUAUUUUUCAUUGAAAAAGUUCCUUUUUCUGUGGUACAGAUCUCAUCUCCAUGGGCCAGAUGCAUUAAAACCUCAGAGAACCCUACGAGAAUCCAGAAUCCAGUUCAUCCUCCACUCCUUAUAUGUAAUAUUUUGGCUUUCCUGAAGGGAUCUAAGGGGUUAAUGGGUGGUAAAGAUUAAAACAAAUUAAAUGACUCACUGCCCCCCCCCCCCAAUUCUACAUGUAAAGUUGUUAUCUGUUACUUGUCAUGUUAGAAAUGCCAUAUUUUGUGCAUUUUCCCAUUGGCAUUUCUGCAGCAACAGCCAUUCAGUUUAUUAGCUUUGUGUAACUGUAAUUCGGUAUGUUGUGGUUGAUGCCGGUGGGGUCCACCAUUCCUGCCAAGCGUUCAAACUGUAAUGGAGCCCACACAGGAAAAAAGUCGAAUCUACCACAAUAUCUAAAGAAGAAGAAGGAAGUUGUGUGUUGAAUGCAGAGGAUGAAGCCAUAGGCGUUAAAAUGAACAAAACUGGAUAUUAUCCAACUGGAAUAUGGGUUGAUAUGAGGCUCAGUAUUACCGUGUCAGAUGUCAGAAUUGAUCAGUCCUCGUUGUCCGGAUUAACACAUGCUACUGCUGGAGUAGCUGGCCCGCGCUACACUACAGUCUGCAUGUGAACACGCCGUGUCUGUUCACGGUCACGGCUGUUUUGAAUGUAAUUCUAGGAUUUACAGUAUGAAAAUAAAAUACUGGAGAAUUUAAGGGUAACCACUGAAAACACGGGAGCUGGAGCGGCUCACUGGUUGUUGACUGUCUCAGUAAACGGCCGUCACAGUGAACUGAUUUCUGCUGAGGGACUGUCACCACCUCUGUUUACUGGCUUGUCUGUUUGGGUUUGUUGGCGUCACAUCACUGGACCACUCGAGGUCGUUAUUCGUCAAAGAAAGGGGCGGCACGGUGGCACGGCGGUUAGCACGGUCGCCUCACAGCAGGGAGGUCCUGGGUUCGAGCCCCGGGGUAGUCCAACCUUGGGGGUCAUCACGGGUCGUCCUCUGUGUGGAGUUUGCAUGUGCUCCCCGUGUCUGCGUGGGUUUCCUCCGGGGGCUCCGGUUUCCUCCCACAGCCCAAAGACAUGUAGGUCAGGUGACUCGGCCGUACUUAACUGUCCCUAAGUAUGGAUAUGUGUGAAUGUAUCGGCCCUGUGUGAUGGCCUGGCGGCCUGUCCAGGGUGUCUCCCCACCUGCCGCCCAGUGACUGCUGGGAUAGGCUCCAGCAUCCCCGCGACCCUGAGAGCAGGAUAAGCAGUUCGGAUAAUGGAUGGAUGCAUACAGCAUCUUUGACACGUGACAGGAUGUCAUGUAGUUCACAGGAAGCUGAGUGAUGCUGGUGACGUCAGCCUUUGUGUUGGUCCGGGACAGCGUUUCACUCCCGGGACAAAGGAUGUUGUUGUGAAACAUUGAAUUUAGCGUUUAACAACCACUGCGUACGAGUGAGUGUUCAGAGGAGGUUUAACAAACAUUUGGAGAAAAAAGAAUGAAGUUUAUAUCCCAGAAACAUUUUGUUGUAGUUUCUGGUAUCAUUGCCCAGAGUAUUUUCUGGUCUCCUCUGCAUCCCUCGAAUGUUUUUUUUAAAAGAGAUUUGUUUUCGUGUGCAGUUUUAAUUUGAAGUGUCUUUAACAUAACCACGCCCACAGGAAGCAAGAGAGGAGCAUUUCCUGUUUCUCAGCCGGACGUCGUGACCUUGUGGGAGGGGACAGAGUUCUACUUUGACCCGAUUCUUCGAUGAACUUUUAAAGGUGGACUUUUGUCAAUGGAAAUAAUGACUUGGACUGUUGUACGGUCAAAACCAGUUUUCAGAGUCAGUAGUGGCAGGUGAACCAGGUUUUCACCUCUCCUCUGUCCUGUUAGACUUGUUCAGGCCAACUUAAAAGCUGAAAUAAACAUUUCUUUGGU